UGUACACCUGGAAGUGCGACUACACUCUCCUCGCGAGGGCGGCCGGAAACAGGUCCUUUUGGCAAGGUCAUGUCUCUGCCGAAAGGACGCUGGCGAAUGGUAGUCGGGCGAAGAGAAGAAAACUCUGGAAGAUCACCCCAAUCCAAGGCGGAACAGCCGGCGCCGAAGGAUGUGUGGCCGAGGGGGAACUCGGUUCUUAGCCGGCGAACUCUGCGCACCUGUCGACCCGCAGUUUUAAGCUCCAGACUUCCUGCGGCAUCUCGGGCUCUGCUGUGGGCGACCUUUUUUCCCGUGUACUCGUGGGAAUCAAAUGAAUAGCUUAGAAGAAUAUGAGUCAGAUGCUGCUCCCAAAGCAUCAAGAAACCAAAAAUCAGGUCCUGACUUUGUCCGGUUGAAAACCAACCAAAAGAAGAUGCUGCGAAGGGCUCUGCAAGAAGGUCUCACCAGAGAAAGGGCUUUGGAAUUAGCUCUAGCUAUUCCCGUUGCCAGGAGUCUCCUGCCUGCUCCUUAUGGCAUACAAACGAAGUCACCCUAUCCUUAUUCCACUUUCCUGAAAUGUGUAAAAGUCGGCUUGUCACCGGCGAUCCCUGGAAAUCCCCUGACCACCGAGCAAAUGUCCAGGAUCAAGGAGGCCAUCAUCGAUGUCACCGUGGAGCAAUCCGGCAGCCAGAAGCCCCAGUUCGAAGGAUGCUUUUGUCGAAGAGGUUGGCUUCUCAUAAUUUGUUCGGAUAUAAACACCUCGGAGUGGCUGAAUCGAAACUUAUGCCACAUUCAAUCCAAAGUAGACGUUAAACUGAAGCUAUUAAAGGAGUCAGAGCUACCGAGAAAAAAUGUGGUUCGUGGCUACUUUCCAGACAGUCUAACCACUAGCAAUAAGAAGGUCCUGGAUAUUAUAGAGGCCCAGAACUCAGUUUCAACCGCAGAAUGGAGGGUCAUGAACCGAUUGACCCAGGGUGAUCUUUUGCACCUUGUCAUGGCAGUGGACAAUGAGUCACACAGGAAACUGGUUAAAAUCGGUGGGAACAUCUCUUACCGAUUCGGACAUGUAAAACUUUAUAUGGAUAGGAAAUCGGUUUUAAAUGGCAGAGAGAAAAAAUCGAAUAUGGAACCAUUAGAGAAGAAAUCCCAGGGAAAAUCAGCUUCAAGCCAGACAAAUGUGCCUCUACUUCAAGAACCUGCAAUGAGAAAUGAUGGUCCAUGGAAUUUCUGUGAUACUCCAAGGAAUACCUAUAAUAAUUCAUGGAAUCAACAGCCAAACUUCACUUCAAUUCCCAUUAAUCCUAGUGAAUAUUUACCAUACUUUAGGUCUCCAGAAUUCUCUGGAUGGGGCUUCUGGAAUGGAGGAUUUUCUAGAGAUCAAUGUCAACCUGAAUGA